UUUGGGCAGGAAUAGAAAAAGAGGGAGAGGUUUCAGGUAAAACAGCAGGUCGUGACUAUUGUGUCCGCCCCUUUUCAGGUUACCUGGACUUUUGUUUGUCCCCGUCAUAGCCAGGCGGCGAGAGGAACGAGAGAGAAGGGGAGGGAGGGAAAAGUGGCGGGCUAAAGCGCGCCAGGCUCCUGCCGCAUUUCCCUGCACCUGUGCGACCAAGACUUCCCGCCCGGGCCUACCUCGGCUGGGGGCAGCGCAAUUUGAGGAGCAGGCAGGCGUGUUUCCUCCCUGCCCCCUUCCCAAGCCCAGAAGGGAGGCGGGGGGCGCCGCUACUGCUCUGACAGCUACGAACGCCUUCGCCUGCAAGGCGCGCUUUGCAUAACAAGCGAAAGAUUAUAACCAGGAGAAUUUCAAAUCCCUAUCUGGAAAAUCCUCCAGGCAAGAUUUAUGGAGAGGGUGCCUCAUGCGCUGGGAGAGCUCUCAGAAAUGUUUUCAUUCUACAAGCUUCUGAUCUGAUGAAAGACAGAAUGUCUCUGAUGGGACUUUGCAGGAGAAGUUGCAUUGGAUCUGAACUCGUAGACUGGCUUUUAAAGCGCUGUCCUUUCAUAAAGAGCAGAUCUACAGCAGCUGGUAUCUGGCAGCUCCUACUGAAUAUGAGAAUUGUGUUAUCAGUGGAUAAACAGAUUUAUUUUCAAGACAAGUACGUUUUCUACCAGUUCUCAGCUGAUGAGUGUACAUAUCUUUUCUGUGAAUAUGAAAGAGAUGAUGGAUGGAAAAAUGGUGUGAAACUCUUAUUGCAGCUAGUGCCUGUUAUUCCUCCAAGGAUUAAUACCUGUAAUCUGAACAAUAGAAAAAUAGAAGACACAACUGAGACCAAUGCUGAAAUUCUUGCCCGUCUCACUUCUGCGGUGCAGAGAGAAUUGGCGGCUGUUCUUGCUAUUAAGGCAAGAAAAUCAGCAAUGAGUCAAAGUGGUGAAAACAGCACUGAAGAAGAAGCAGCUCAAGACGAUCUGAAGGAUGUCUAUGAUGCACAGGCAGGAGUUAUGUGCAAGCUUCAUGAACGAGAGGAUAUUGGACGCCUUGAACUUGUCCAGAAACUGGCAAGAGAAAACCUUCUACAGACAGAUAAAAAAGAGCAAGAGAAGACAGAUCAGCUGGAUGAUGAAGUGACUACUAUUCAAGUGAAGGAACUGGACCAAGAUGUGCUGGUGCUUAGGAAAGUGUCGUCACAUAGCCCAGCCCCCACAUCAGGGAGUGCCGAGAGUGAUUGGAGUAUGGGAAGUUCCAGGCUGAGGAUCUUUGACCCGCACAUAGAGAGGAAGGAUUCUGCUCUGUCUCUAGGCAGGGAGCUGCCUCUGCCCACGUUUGAUGUGCCUUAUUUUAAAUACAUUGAUGAGGAGGAUGAGGAGGAUGAAUGGAGCAGCCGCUCGCAGUCCUCAACGGAGGAUGACUCUGUGGACUCUCUGCUUUCUGACAGAUACGUGGUGGUAUCCGGGACACCAGAAAAGAUUUUGGAGCACCUCCUGAACGACUUGCACCUGGAGGAAGUGCAGGACAAAGAAACAGAGACUCUUCUAGAUGACUUCCUUCUCACAUAUACAGUCUUCAUGACAACAGAUGAUUUGUGUCAAGCUCUGCUAAGGCAUUAUUGUGCUAAAAACCAUCAAGGGAAGGAAGAAAUUAUAGAUGUUUCUUGCAGAAAACGAAAAGUAUUGCACUUGGUGUCUCAGUGGACUUCACUUUACAAAGACUGGUUACAUGAAGAUGAGCAUCUUAAGCAAUUUCUGAAGACAAUAUACAGGAAUGUGUUAGAUGAUGUCUACGAAUACCCUGUGCUUGAGAAAGACCUGAAAGAAUUUCAAAAAUUGCUGGGAAUGCAUCGUCGUCACACUGUAGAUGAAUAUUCACCUCACAGAAAGCAUAAAGCCAUUUUACAUCAGUUCAGUCUCAAGGAGAACUGGCUCCAGAACAGAGGGACUGUGAAUGAAACAGAGGAAGUUUUUUGUCGUGUGUAUAUAACAGAACAUUCUUAUGUCAGCGUAAAAACUAAAGUAUCCACUUCAGCUCAAGAGAUCUUGAAAAUUGUAGCAGAAAAGCUCCAGCAUUCGCAGGAAGACUUGGCUCUGGUGGCUCUUUCAUUCUCUGGGGAAAAGCAUGAAUUACAACCAAAUGACCUGGCAAUCUCCAAAUCCCUUGAAUCGUCGGCUCGUAUGUUCGUAUUUCGGAAGAAUCUGACAGAUACUCUGAACCCUUUUGCUGAAAAUGAGGAAGCCCAGCAAAGGUCAGUGAGAAUUCUGGGAAUUAACACGUGGGACCUUGCUUUGGAAUUAACCAAUUUUGACUGGAGUCUCUUCAACUUGGUUCAUGAGCAAGAGCUGAUAUACUUCACCUUCAGCAGAAAGGGCAAUGGGGAAAACACUGUGAAUCUUAGUCUUCUGCUUCAAAGAUGCAAUGAAGUUCAACUCUGGGUUGCUACAGAAAUACUCCUUUGCAACCAGCUCUGUAAGCGUGUACAGCUAGUGAAAAAGUUCAUUAAAAUUGCUUCUCACUGCAAAGCCCAAAGAAAUCUGAAUUCAUUCUUUGCCAUUGUUAUGGGUCUCAACACUGCAUCCGUCAGUCGGCUUUCUCAGACCUGGGAGAGAAUCCCUGGAAAGUUUAAGAAGCUGUUUGCUGAACUUGAAAGUUUGACAGACCCUUCCUUGAAUCACAAAGCCUACAGAGAUGCAUUCAAGAAAAUGAAGUCACCGAAAAUCCCCUUCAUGCCUUUGCUCCUUAAAGAUGUAACAUUUAUACAUGAAGGGAAUAAAACUUUUCUGGAUAACCUUGUUAACUUUGAAAAGCUGCACAUGAUUGCAGACACAGUCCGGUCUUUGAGACACUGCAGACACAACCAGUAUGGAAAUGAAGUUCCCCAAAAAGAACAUCAGGAGCUGAAGCCCUACGUCCAUCACUUGCACAUCAUCGAUAACCAGCAGAUGUUGUUUGAGCUUUCUCAUAGGAUAGAGCCUCGCGUGUGAGUUCACGCAGAUUCACAUACCUGCAGCACUUUCAAUUAAGUGAAUGUUUAUGCCAAGCAUGUUGCUUCCCUUGGAGAGAGGUGAAUACUGAGUUUUAUCAGUAGCUGAUGCCAUAACAAGCACAGCCAUCUCUUGCAAAGCAGAAAGAGGAGCUGUUCGCACCAGCCUUCCGGGAUGAGAGAAAUGCCAUAUCCAUUCAACUACAGAUGGGGAAAGAGAGAAACAACAUUCUUCAUAUACAAAGACUUGACUUCUUAAAAAAACAAAAAACCUUGGUCCAGAGUAGCUUUCAAUUCAGACUCUUAUCAGUGUUAAAUUGGGGGAAAAGAAAACAUUGUGUCACUAUGAAGAAACGUUUUAGCAGGCAGCACUAUGUGAGAAAGGCACUCAUAAUUUUCCACACACGGAUGCGCCUCACUAAUCAUCAUAAGCUGCCAAAAGGAUUGUUUGUUGCCAAAAAGAAAAUAGAUGAAAACAGAGAAAAAGAAGUACGUACUGAAGAAAAAGAAGUACGUAAACUUUCCUGGGAUGUGUAGCAACCACUGCUGCAUGAACAUAAAGAAUGACAACUUGUUAGAGCACAGCAUACAGACUCAUUCAAACAAAUUGUAGAAUUGGACAAGCAGGAGGUGAUACUUCAUUUUAGCAGCCUUCCCUUCUGAAUGUGUUCCACAGCAUAAAGCAAAAAUUCACACUGUUAAACUGUUUGCAGCAACAAGUGCAGUGUUUCUACACGGGAUUGAGUAGCAGAGUGCACAGUGCUUUCUUGAAUGUUUCUCUCAGCUUUUUUUUUUUUAGUUAGAACUCCCUUUCCAAUUAGUCUAAUUUAGAUACUCAAGCUCAUGAGCCAACAUGCUUAUAGUUUAUUACAAAAGGAAUGCAGUAUGCUUUACUCCUUGAUAUCUGUACCAUAAGAUUACUGCAGUUGCCUUUAGAUGGGUGUAAUGUGACUUCUAAGCAGUGGUUAAGUAAAUAAGCAAGAAUCUAUGAGAUUGCAACAACCAGCAGCUUCCAAUAGGGGGAAAGACCUCAAUUACUCUUAGGUUAAAUGUCACAAAAGCAAAAACAUCUGUAGCUCAAUAUUGGAGGGGUGUUCUGGAAUGUUUGCCAAGGGCAUUACUUACACUGCCAAUGAAAACUUUUGCUAAUUGAA